AUUGCGGAUGACAUCAGCUGAGGAGUGAGUGUGCGAAAUCGCUCCCGGCGCGCGUUCCUGUGCCCGGCCACGGACGGAGCGUGACACAAUGUCUGCCGGUAUAAAACAGCCAGGGCCACUCCUUUAAGGGCUCCACUCGAGUGUCUGGGGACCACUCCAGCAGUCUGUGGCGAAUAAGAUCAGAGGGAAGAGGACGAGGAGGAGGAGGCAGACUGCUGCUUGGAUAAACCGCACAGACAGACAGGAGAAGCAGCGCAGAGGAUGGCUACACUUGUAGAAUCCGCAGAAAUGGAGGUUCUGGGCAGCAGCAUCGGAGCAGCAUCCUCCAGUCCGUCCCAUCACUUCAACGACGGCAAAUUCUACCUGCUGGUGGUGAUCGGGGAGAUCACCAGCGACGAUCAGCUCAAGUGUGCCAUUGCAGACAUUGAAAAAGGAAUCCGUUCCUGGGACACAAAUCUGAUCGACUGCAACCUGGACCAGGAGCUGAAGCUGUUUGUUUCCAGACACUCUGCUCGCUUUUCUGCAGAUGUCAAAGGACAGAGAAUUCUUCACCAUAAAAGUCCUGUCCUGGAGACCGUGGUCCUGAUAAACCCCUCAGAUGAAGCCGUCAGCACCGAGGUUCGCUUGAUGAUUUCAGACGUGGCCAGACACAAACUGCUGGUUCUCUCGGGGCAAUGCUCUGAAAACACCGGAGAGCUGAUUCUUCAGUCUGGAUCUUUCUCUUUCUUCAGUUUCAUUGACAUAUUCACAGAUCAAGAGAUUGGUGAACUGCUCAGUACCAUUCACCCAGCAAAUAAAGCCAACCUUACACUCUCUUGCCCUGAGCAAGGCGACUGGAAAGAUUCCAGUUUGGAUAAACACAACCUGCAAGACUUCAUUAACAUGAAAAUAAACUCCACUCUCAUCCUCCCUGAAAUGGAAGGUCUCUCAGAGUUUACGGAGUAUUUGUCUGAAUCAGUGGAGAUCCCGUCUCCGUUUGAUCUCCUGGAACCACCAACCUCAGGCGGUUUCCUAAAGCUCUCCAAACCUUGCUGCUACAUUUUCCCUGGUGGUCGGGGUGACUCAGCUCUUUUUGCUGUAAAUGGCUUCAACAUGCUCAUCAAUGGUGGCUCAGACAGGAAGUCUUGUUUCUGGAAGUUAGUGAGACAUCUAGACAGAGUGGACUCCAUCCUCUUGACUCAUAUUGGCAGUGACAAUCUGCCAGGCAUUAAUAGCAUGCUGCAGAGGAAGAUCGCAGAGCUUGAAGAGGAGCAGUCGCAGGGUUCGACCGCAAACAGUGACUGGGUGAAAAACAUGAUCUCUCCCGAUCUUGGAGUUGUGUUUGUCAAUUUUCCUGAAAACUUGGACAAGCCUGAACCUAACUACAGAGUUUGCAGGACUGUUGAGGAGGCAGCUUUAACCCAGCAGUUCCUCAGCAGGCUAAAUUUGAGGAUCGAGCCUUUGCAAAGACCUGUUGGAAACACCAUAGAACCAGUCGUACUUUUUCAGAAAAUGGGUGUUGGGAAACUUGAUAUGUAUGUGCUAAACCCAUCUAAGAACAGCAAGGAGAUGCAGCACUUUAUGAAGCACUGGACAGGAAAGGAGAAAGAUGCUAUUUCAAUUCUACUUCCAAAUGGAAAGGAAUCGGAAUUCCCUUUGUCUUACUUGACAUCCAUCUCUUCACUGAUAGUGUGGCACCCUGCAAAUCCCACAGACAAGGUUGUGAGAGUUCUUUUCCCUGGAAAUGCCAACCAGGAUCACAUCUUUGAUGGCUUGGAGAAGCUAAAGCACCUGGAUUUUCUGAAGCAGCCAGUUGUCACUCAAAAAUCAAUGUCUUCAAGUGUCCAAUCAGUUCCAACAGUGAAGCAAACAAAGAUGAAACACAGAACAGACAGCAAAGAGAGUUUAAAAUCUACCCCAAAGCCAUCACCAAUCAAAGCCAUUAAAAAGGAGUCAAAGGAAGAAACGUCAGAAAAGACGAAGGUAGAAGCCGAUCAUGAGAAGUCACACAAAACUGAGAACAAAGAAAGAAUUGCUCUGAAAAAGGAAAAGUCAAAGACAGUUGAGAAAGAUUCAAAAGCAAAGGUGGAUCAAACCACUUUGAACGAUACUCUUGAAAAAAAGAAGAUUGUUAAAAAGGAGACCAAAUCUCUUAUAGAAAAGAAAAAGGACGUUAAAAAGGAAGCAGCAAAAAAAGACGAUGCCUUGAAACCAGAGGGUAAAAAGGAUGAGAAGGUUAAAAAAGAGGAAGCAAAGAAAAUGAUAAAAAAAGACAUCAGAAGAGAUUCACCUUUGAAAGAGAAAAGGGAAGAAAGGAGAGAACAGAAGAAAGAUGUAAAAAGACCAUCUAAAGAUGUGAAAAAGGUAGCCAGUGUGGGUGAAGACAAGAAUCUGAAGCUAAAGAAAGAUGCUGGGGUUCCGUUAAAGUUGAAAGAGAAAGGAAAGUCAAAGGUCACCAAGAAGGAGACAAAGGUGGAUUCCAAACUGGCACCAAGCACUGCUGCUGCCAGAGAAGAUCCAGAAGCAGAACGGUCUGUGAUGUCCUCACCUGAAGACCUCACGAAAGACUUUGAGGAGCUCAAAGUAGAAGAGUUAGUUGAGAAUGACGCAACUGUACAACAAAACGAAGAGACGCAAAAUGAAACUGUGAUUGAAGAAGAGGUAUUACCAAAUAAAGAGUCCCCUGAGCUGUUAGAGUCGGUUGAUGAGGGUAUCACCACAACAGAGGCAGAAGGAGACAGUGGAGAGACUCCAGAAGAACAAAUACUAAAGGAAAAACCUAAUAUGAGUGUUUCAGAGAAAUUUGAAGAUGAAGGCACUGUACUAGAAGAAGCCUCUGAGGGAGGGGAUUAUGAAGAGAAAGGAGAGACAGAAGAAGUUUAUGAGCCACAAAUAAAUCUUAGUCCCUCUACACAUGAUGGCCAACUGAUACACACCAAAGUGGAACAAGGAGUGAGUGUUGAGGGCAAUGAUGAUGUGAAAAAUAGAAAUGUUACAGAUGACUUUGUAAGUCCAGGAGAAACCAGUAAGCAAAUGCUGUUUGCAUCCAAUUCUCCUAAAAUGUCCUCACCCAUUUCUCCUGCUGCUUCCAUCAAAGAUGAGAUGCCUCCUUUUGGCUUUGAGAGCUACACAGCUUCAGAUGAAGAGAAUGGGGACGAAGAUCAUACAUCUGUCCACACUCGGACUGCUGUUGAAAUCUCUAGUGUAAAUUAUGAAUGCACAAGUGAUAGGACAGGAUUUCCAUUUCAGGAUGUUGGAAAAUCUGCAUCUGGAGAGUUUGAAAAAAACAAGCCGUCCCCACCUGGGGAUUUACAUGAUGUCACAGAAGGCCAAGACUACAGUCAUUUUGCCUCCAAAGUAUCACCGCCGACAUCACUGGAGGAAGAUCAAUUUCAUAAAGAGUUUCCGCUAGGGGAAAAGGCUGAAGGAUUUGCUGAUCCUCAGCCAUUAUCACAGCAAUAUGUUUUUGACUCAUCCAGACCAAAUCUAAUAUCCUCAACAUCACCUAUUGUCCGUUCUCCAUCUGUAGAAUAUAAGGGCACAUUUGAUUCCCCAUUAAGAAUUGAUGCUCCAGUAGAAAUAUCCUCCACAUUGGCAGGGAGCACCAAACCGGACUGUGCUUCCCCAGUAAGCCCUGACGACAUGACACAGGGCAUGGCCAAUUCACCUCAGUCAUCUGGUCACACACCUUACUAUCAGUCCCCAGUAGAUGAAAAAGUUGGAGCUGUACCACAAGAUACUAAUGAUAAAAUCCAUGGCCCAAUCAUUGUGGAGGUCGCAAGUGAUAAAGAGGACUCCUCUAACAGAGAUACCCCUGAACCAAAUGAUGCAGAACAGCAACUAUCUUCUCCAUUAGAGAAGGUGGUUUCCUCCCCAAAGACCCCAUCUGCUUCUGAGUGUACAUCCCCAAUAAAGAAGGAAAUGUCAUCCUUUGAUACAGAUCCUAAAAAACCCGGAGAACAAAACCAUUCAACAUCUACAUUGAUGGGCAAACAUGAGUCUGACAGCAAUCAACAAUCAUCUUUUAAAGAAGAGAGUAAAAUGUCUAUUUCUGAGGGUACCACAUCAGACAAGUCUGGAACACCACUGGAAGAAGUAGUGGCAGAAGACACAUUUUCACAUCUAGCUUCAGCCUCUACAGCAUCCCUUGCCACCAGCUCACUGCCAGAGCCAACUACUGGUUCACCCUCUCUUCAUGCUGAAGUGGGGUCUCCUCACUCAACAGAGGUAGAUGACUCUUUGUCUGUCUCAGUGGUUCAAACACCAACUACUUUCCAAGAGGCUGAAGGAUCCCCAACCAAAGAAGACAGUCCAAGGCCCAUGUCAAUCUCCCCAGACAACUCACCUAAAGCAAAAAGCAGAACACAGGCACAAGAUGCAAAGUCCCCAGAGCAUUCUGCCAUGUCAUUGGAGUUUGGCCAGGAAUCCCCUGACCACUCUUUAGCCCUUGACUUCAGUAAGCAAUCUCCAGAGCAUCAGUCGGUGGGUAACAGCUCACAAGCCACAGAGAAUGGUCCUACUGAGAUUGACUUCAGUCCAUUAAAUGUUGCAGAUGUGAGAGCCUCUGGAGAGGCCAAGUCUGCAAUGGACAACCCUUUGUUUUUUGAAGAAGCAGAUUCAGUUCAUGCUACUUCUGCAACCCCAUCAGAUGCAUCCCAGUCCACACCAUCUGUAACUACUCCAUGUCAUAUAAAAGAGAUGGCACAUGCUGUGGUGGAAAAAAACGAUAGAUCCCCAGUUACCCCAAGGGCAUCUUCCCUCACCCUUUCUCCCCACUCUAACCAAGCAUCCCCAGUGCUAGGAACUGCCCCAAUCAAAGUCGGAAUUGUUUCCGUUUCACCAUCUUUUGAAAGCGUAAUUGUUUCUGACACACAGCAGAAAUGUGACCGUUCACCCUCACCUCCAAAAGCCUCUUCACCAAUCUCUUGUUUUACUCUUUCUGAAGGGGAGACGCUUUCCCAGUCAAUGGAAGCUACAAAGUGCAAAAAUUCUGCAACUGAAAUAAAAUCCCCUUUAUCUCCUUUAUCUUCCCAGCUACCAGUGUCCACUGACCUAAAUAAUCCUAGUUCUGCUAGUGGCUCAAAAGAGCUGGACUUCACAGAAAGAAUCUCCUGUUCACAAUCCAAUACUGAUGUAGACCUCUGCCUGGUCACUUCCUGUGAGUAUCGUCACCCUAAGACCGAAUUGUCACCGUCUUUCAUCAACCCCAACCCUAUAGAGUACUUCAUCAAUGAACAAAAACUUCUGGAAGAGGACAAGCUUCUGACCAAAUCCGCAGAUGGCCCCCCACCCCCUGGGGGUAAACUCACUGCUAAACAAUGUGAAGAAACCCCGCCCACAUCUAUUAGUGAAUCUGUUCCCUCCCAGACGGACUCAGAUGUUCCCCCAGGAACAGAAGAAUGCCCCUCCAUCACAGCGGAUGCAAACAUUGACUCUGAAGACGACUCUGAGACCCUGCCUACCGAUAAAACUCUAACUAACAGGCAUGCUGACCCUCCUCCGGUGCCACUCAGGGACUCUGCCCCAACGCCUGGUCACCAUGAUGUCUGCAUGGUGGACCCAGAGGUUCUGAAGGCUGAAGAAAACCUUCACAAUGCCAAUCCAGAUAGUGCAGAGAAGAAGUUAAAUAAGAAGAAGCUGUCAAAGAAAUCCUCAUCAGCCCCUGGGAAGAGUGGUGUGUCUAAAGUUAAGGAUUCAAAGACGGAUUCUCCAAAGAGGGUUGUGGAAGAAAGAAAAGAUGCCAAAAAUGCAACAAAUACAUCUGCAUCAAAAGGUGUAAAAAGUGCCACAUUAGGUGCUGGUAGUGGAAAGGGGUCAUCUCUAUCCAGCUGUCCUCCCAUGUACAUGGAUUUGGUUUACAUCCCCAAUCACUGCAGUGCCAAAAAUGUGGACGUUGAGUUCUUUAAACGUGUUCGGUCCUCUUACUAUGUGGUCAGUGGCAGCGACCAGAUGGGUCAGGAGCCUAGUCGGGCUGUCCUUGAUGCCUUGCUGGAAGGAAAGGCACAGUGGGACAAUAGCAUGCAAGUCACUCUAAUUCCAACCCAUGACACAGAUGUGAUGAGGGAGUGGUACCAGGACAGCCAUGACAAGCAGCAGGAGCUGAACAUUAUGGUCCUAGCCAGCAGCAGCACGGUUGUCAUGCAGGACGAGUCCUUCCCUGCUUGUAAAAUAGAGAUGUAGGCGUGUUCGGUGAUCAAUCAAGAGAAACCUUUUUCUGCAAAUGAAAGCCCAAAUUAUGUAGCAUGAAGCAUUAAGCAGACACAAGCACUGAAUGAGACAAAAAAUCAAAAACAAAUGUACAGUCAGAAUCAAACUGGUAUGGACACAAUUAAAUGCAAAGGAGUGCAUCCCUUAAUCUAAAAUCGAUUCUAAUGGAACAAUACGGGGGAAGACUAGAAAUGAACCAGCAUACUCAUGAUAGUCAAGAUUAAGUAACUAAUUUAUUUCCCCUUGCAGCCACAGACGAACAUUUUUAGUCAGCUUCCAGGAAGCAAAUAAUUCCCACAUUUGCUCCAUAGUAAAACAGCACAAGAUGGUGUUUAUUUAAACCAAAGCAUAAAACAACACUCUUCCUGUUACUGCCUUAGGGAAUCUUAAUGAAUGUAGAGGAGCUGAAGGAACAGCAGACAACUAAUCCCCAACACCUUAGGUUCCCCCCCCCCAAAGGGUCUCAUCAUGACAUGGAUGAGCAUUAACAGGAUGUCCAACAUUCGUCAGGAGUGUUGCUGCUAUAGCUAUGUCAUAUUUGAACGUUUUUAUUUGUAAGACAACAAACAUCUGUCUUUGUCCUUUUUAAGUUGCUGCUAAUAAAUUGUUAAUCUUUUAUAAUCUUACACUUUAAAUUAUUAUUAUUCAGUCUUUUUUAAAAGCGAUAAAUGGGUGAUCAAGCAUUUAACUGCUGAAAAGCUAACAAAGCAGGAUAUUUGUGGAAUGUCUUGCUUUUUUUAAGGGUUGUAUUUAUGAAUAGCGUUGGGGUCAAUGGGAGCGACUGGCGAACUUGCAUGACUUAUAUUAGAUUUAGAGUUUUUUAAUUCUUUCUUGGAGUGUCUGCUCACACUUAGGAAUUCUGGGAAAGAAGGGCACCAAAUAGGCACAUUUCAAACGGGCACUAGGGUUUUUGCAAGUUGUGCCAUGACAUUUGCAAGCGAUACACAAAGAACAGUGAUUAUCAACAGGACUAGUGUGAUGGCAAAUGUAAUUUUGGGUGCAGCAAAUUGUGAGUGAUCACACUGAUGCUGAAAAACUUUGCAGAAUGUGAGGAGAUCUGCCUCUAAAUCAGGUAUGAGGGAGUCAGCACACAGAUAAAAGUGCUUUUGGGAACAUGUACAACAAAAAGGACACUUUACAACAAACGUGACUUAACCGCAGAGGCCGCACACCCACUUCAACAGGCCAUUUCGGGAGAAAAUUUCAACAAAUAUCAAAUAAUAAUAACAAGUUUUGGUAUUUUUGAAUAACAAAUCCAAAUUUCUGGGCUUACAUAAGGUGUUCACAACACCGUGCAGGAAAACUUUAGUCACCAUGAACUUACUGUCAAACUGAACAGACAUUUCUCUUAAACAGAACUUUCUCUUUCUCUGUUGUCUUUCUCCUUGUCCUCCCUAUCUGCCUUUUUCUCCCCAUCUUUCUCUUGGGAGACCUUUACUAAUAUUUGUCUGCUGCUGUCUGGUGUAGUUGUCUUGUGAUCUCCACUCCACCUUUUCCCCAGACUCAUGUGUAACCUAGAGCGACUAGUUGUGAGUGAAAAUCCUACUUAGUGCUUUCUCCUGUCUGUGUGCAAUACUUCCUCUCCUGUACCCAUAAGGCAAAUCUAAUGUGAGAGGAACCACUACUAUAACCACAACCACAAUAAAACCUGGUGUGAAAAAUAA